AUGUCUAUGUUGACAGCAAAACUACUCAAACAUUUUCAACUUCGAUCAAUGGUGGUCAACUCGAGAACAUGUACAAAAUGGGAACGAGCGAUCAGCUUAGCACGUUCAAAAUCUUCCGCUACACCUACGGUAGAGCAACACAAAUAUUCGACGGAACCUCAGAUGCAACUCCGCGACAUCCCUGGUCCAUCGACGAUUGAGAACCUUACAAUGAUUGCUCGGAAAGGAUUUCUGAAACAACAUGUCUAUAUGGCAGAAAUGUUCGCGCGCUUUGGUCCAAUGUUUAGACAGAGCGUGCCAGGUGGACGACAUGUUGUGUAUAUUUCAGACCCAGUCGACAUGGAACACGUAUUUCGAAGUCAGGAAAACAAUAAUCCCUACCGUGGCGAUAUGUUGAUAGCCGAUUACGCCAGGAAAAGCGGCUUGGACAGAGGGAUUAAUGGAGACGGUGAAUCUUGGUCGGUCUAUCGAAAACUAGUAGCGCCUAAGCUCCUUCAGCUUGGAGCACUCAAACCAUAUUUCACCGAGAUUCUGAACGUAGCCGACGAUACGGUGGCGAAUUUUACCGACGGCAAGAAUGUAAACUUACAAGAUCAUCUCACAAAGUGGGGGGCCGAAAGCGUCGUGGUGGUAUUAUUCGGCCUUCGCAUCGGGACGAGUUAUAAAUCGAUGAACGAGCGAGCAGAGGCUUUUAUCGAUGCUGUCAAUGGCCAUUUUUACGCGGAGGCUAAGCUUAUAUUUAGCGUUCCAUUGCACAAGCACUUCGAGACGCCAACCUUGAAACGAGCAUAUCGUCACGUGGACACGCAGUUGGCAAUAAUGCGCGAGUUCGCUGCCGAAACAAGAAAGCACGAGACCGAGAUCGCCAGAAACUCUCUGUUGACGAAAUUGGAGCAACAUGAUGAACUUUCCGAGGAAAACCUAAUGUUUCUUUGUCAAAACUUGCUUAUUGCCGCCGUCCAUACGACUGCAAGUUCAACCCUUCAGCUUAUCGACACACUUUCGAAGCACCCCGAAGUACAACGAAAAGCCUUCGAGGAGAUUCGGCUGGUGCUUGGUGACGGGCAACAAGCGCCCUCCUAUCAACAGUUAUCUGAAAUGAAAUACCUCCGAGCUUUGAUUAAAGAAGGUUUUCGAUACAACACUGCCCCACCAGGAAACAUUCGUAUCACUAAAGCUCCGGUAACCGUCCGAGGCUAUCACAUCCCGCCAGGAACAACGGUUAUUCUUUCAACAAUAGCCUCCAAAGAGAUGCAAAGACAAAAAUACAACGACCCCGAAAAGUUUGCCCCAGAACGAUGGCUGCGAAGAACAGACAAAGAGAUCCACCCCUUUUCCUCGCUACCAUUUAGUUUCGGGAGACGUGCCUGUCUCGGCAGACGAGUCGUCAAUAUGGAAAUGGCUUUACUUGUAUUACGAAUUUUGCAAAAGUACGAAAUUCUUGAGAGGAAAGAUCCUGUGAAUUGGGUUUGUCAUACUGUGGUCGGUCCUGAUAAACCUUACAGCUUUUACUUGAAGAAAAGACACUGA